AUGAGUAUUGGAAUUCAAGACUUGUCGGACGAGCUCGUCGUCCGCAUGACUAGUGUCCUUGCACGGCGUCCUGAAUACGGCAUCGGUAUCCCUUCCCGAAGAUGGCUCCAAAGGCAAGAAGAAAAGAUAAAAGAUCUUCCGAAAGAGCUGCAACGUCCAUCAGGCUUAAAGAGACUCGCAAUCAAGAUUGUCGAUCACAUCGACCCCAAUAUCGUGGACCCGCAGGCGGUGCUCUGCAAAACACACUCGGCUCUCAACCCUUUCUUGAUUCGAAGACUUUUCAUUGCCCUCGCGUAUGAGGUUACAGUCCACACAGACUCCCUGCGUUUAUGGAGCGCGAAAACCCUAGAUCCAGAGCUUUCUGCUCUUGUUGGGCGGCUCGACUCGAUAGUGGCAUUAUGGACUGCGCCCGAGCUUUUCCACGAAAUUUACGGGCUCGCCCCUUUUGACGGUUACCACGUCUUUGUUCAGUCUGGAUGUGAAGCCUGCAGUCUCGCGGCUAUUGGUGCUAGCGGACGAGCUCUGGCAGACCUCCGGGCGACCCUUGUUAAUCGCAUGGAAGAGUGUCAGGAAAGGGGUUCCAGAAAAGGUUCAGGUAAGGUGCCUCGCCUAUACCGUAUCGUAGAAGCUUGGAUUGACCAGCUUCGCAAGCGCUGUGACGAUGCAGACCGAGUAGAACAGUGCAGGGCUUGGAGUGAAGCUCUACUUGUCGACUUGAGGAUGGCGAGACCCCAAAUCAAAUCUUGGCGAGCCAAGCAAAAGCGGCGUCGCGCCAAGUUAGAAGAUGCGAAACGUCCUGUGUAUAGUGAAUUGAGAAGAACUAGCACAGGCGCUGAGAUCGCUCCCCUACCCCCCUCUGCUGGCGGCAAGAGACGAACAAGAAACGGAAUUCCAGUAGCUUUAGUCGAUAUCAAGGGAGCCGAAGACCAGCGAAGGGCUGCCAAGGCCUCGAACAGAAGGGAGAGCAUAUAUCGUCCCGAUAGUCUUUCUGGGGAUUCGGAUGUGCACAGGCGAGAGAAAUCUGCUCGUGAGCGCAAUACCAGUGCUAACACUCGACCUCCUGCCCCUGAACCGGCUCGAAUGAGUGGCCCCAGCGACGCUUCACCAACAGGAUCCUUUCUCCACCGGUUUGAACAGGAAAUCCCCAUUGGCGAUGAUUUCCAAGCCGAUGAGAACCUAGAAGAAGACAACGAGCUAGACGACAAUGAUUACGCUGAGAAAAGCCGAGCUAGAGUACAAGAAUGGUUUUCCAGCCAAUUUUCCCACCCUGAAUUGAACCUGAGCCAGGACGAUACGCAAUCCAUACUGUCCAUGGUACACCCUGCCUUUCGCCCUAAUGCUAGUCACAUCGCUGCAUCUGCCUUGCCCUCACCGCUUGACGUCAGGAAAAAAUGUGAACCAUCGUCCCCCCAAAUUGGAGGAUAUAAGGCAGCGAGUAGCGUAUGGACAGACUGUACGACGUACACGCAAGAUGAAGCCAAUAACUCCAGCAUACCCCCAGUGCCACGGAUCCCUUCGGAAUACAGGACUGAUAAACGCUCCCUUGAUAGCGCCGGCCAAGGUAGUUCGCCUAGAGUGCCGAGACCAAGCUCAGGCUACAGCAGGCAAACGUCGACGACGAGUUUCCCUCGGUACAAGGAUCCGUUCAUAACUCGGGCCGAGUCCGUCUCCUCGUCAUCAUCGUCGACGAAAGGGAAGAGAAAAAAUGAGAGGGAAAACCCAGCCCCUAAUUGGCCUGCUCCCCCACACGGACAUCCGCCCGAUAGUCCGCGUCGGCAGGGGCCGUUCCUGCCUCAAUCUGACGUCGGCUCCGCGAUGUCGGAGCAACGACACGCUUUUCUCAUGGACCGCUUCCGGCCCAAAGAGGAGCCCCUGCAAGAACGAAAUUCGACGAGCACGAACCACUCUGAUCCUCGAGCUUCGACCGCAACAAAAUCACCAGAGCGACCGCCGGGUAUGCAGCGCGCCUCUAGUUCAGUGUAUAGCAGAUCUUCUAUUUCUGGCUUCGCUGGGUCUGAAAAGGGGACGGUGAGAGAUGGAUCUGCGGUUACUUCACGGUCUGCCGCGACUGCGCAAGCCCAGCGAAAUGAUGUCGGAGGUGAUGCUCCGCGAAGUAAUAAAACUCCUGGGCCAAGAUAUCCGCCGCCCCCGUCUGCCGUCACGGAGUUGGGCAACUUUCGGGGGAAGAUGUAA